GCAAACAGCCCAGAGGGCAUGGCAGAGUCUGACAUUGAGAACCUGGAGGGCAGGCUGAAGAUCCAAGGAUGCCGGAAGAUUCUCGAGACCCUCGAUGGGGCUAUUGAACAAUUCCAAUACAACCCCAGACUUACUAUUUCGGAUAAUUUAAAGGUUGGCUUUUUCUCUUCAGACCACGCUACUCAGACAGAUAGCAGUGAAAUUUUGCCAUUGAAAGAUUUGACUCAAUCAACAGAAAAAUUAAUGCAGAUGAUUACAUCACUUCAGGUGGAUUUUGGGUUCCUCAAAGAUUUGGUUCAACUGAAGUUCGAGGACCGACUUAAAGAGGAGUCUUGGAAAAUCCUCAAUGUGCUUCAUGACAGGAUUUCAGAAAUGAAAAAAUAUUAUCGACAGGCUGAAGACACCUUGAGAAAAAGUUUUCAACAGCAGUUAAGUGAUGCCAUAGCCGUUAUCAGAGGAAUGUACAAGAAAUUCUUUGAAAUAGAAGAAGAAAAAGCUGCACUGCAGGAUGCCACGAACAUGAAAGUGAGCGUUUUGUCAAAAAAACUGAAGGAGAAAGAACAAAUUCUUAAGGAUUUAAGAAAUGAACUAGAACAAUAUGAAGAGAUUGGAUUUGGCAAGAUUGACUCUUUGGCCAAGGAGCCCAGCUCUCCAAAGCUAUUCUUGGAAAAGGAAAUUAUGGAAUACAAGAUGGAAAACGAGAGGCUGCUGCAAGUGAUCUCAGUCCUGGAAGAAGAAGUGCAAGUGAACAUGAAAGAAAAUGCAAUGUUAGAGGAUGAAAUUAUGUGUCUGAAAGAGAUGUCAAACCAGGAUCAGAGAACUAUUCAAAAGUUAAUGGAUAGUAGAGACAGAUUGAGAUAUGAGUUGGAUUGCGAAAAAUUAGCCGUUCAAGACAUGAUCAAUAAACAGAAAGAAGAGAUAGAAAUAAGAAGAAAGUAUGCCAGUUUAAGUACCAAGAACAAAGGGGUUAGAGGGACAUUCACCAGGGGAAGAGACUCCGCUUUCUACUCACGGCCUUCAAGUCAUCAGUCCAAGGGUGUGACACUAUUCACUGAGUCUCCACAUUUUAUAAGGCCACCUUCUGCUUCCCUCAGCGUGUCUCCUAAGCUAAAAAAGAAGAUGUCCAAGAAAUAUAUUGGUGCUGCUGUUGUUCCUACUGUUACUGCAAGUGACACUACUGCUCCUGAUGCAGCUACUGGUCCUGCUGCAGUUCCUUCUGCUCCUGGCACUGUUGUCACGACUCCUGUUCCUACUCUUAUUACCGAUUUCCUCGCACGGUCGGAGAAGGAAAAGCAUAUACUGGCAAUAGGAGAGCAGAGUGGUGUCAACAGCCAGGUCCAGCAGCUGAGCUUCUAUCCUGAGGUCCCAGCAGCAGGGGGCAACUGCACUAGCAGCAUCCCUGCCCCCUUCAUGAUUCCAAGGCUGGAGCUGAAUCCUAAAUAUCUGGUUACAUUUCUACUACCUCAAAUGAUGCCUGAAGACCUACUGUUAAAAUUACAGUUGUUGAAGGAUGAAGACAGAAAAGCUUUGCAGGAUCAAAUAAAGACAUUAACAACUAGAUUGGAGAAGGAAAAGUUAAGGAAUGAGAGGUUUAGAAAGGAAGCUAAUCAGAUCAACAAAAACUGGGAGAGGAAGUUCUUCAUCCUCAGGAACAGCUUUCAUGUCCUAAAGGAUGAGAUGUUCACUAGACACACACUUUUCCGGCAGUUUGCAAUGAUUGCUGACACCUCCUUCAAUUACAUUAAAGUCAAGCCUUUGUAUGUGCACUCCACAAUGCACAUGUCAGAGUCAUCCUCUCCGACAAAUGUUUUUCACUCACCCAUGGGAUCAUCCAGGGGCCAAACCUCUCUGAGAAGCAAUAGUAGACCCCCAAGAGUCCGAAAGUGGGGCCAGUUAGAAGCUUGUGCCCCGACCACUGUCGCCGCUAGCGCGGACGCUGGGACCACCAAGCAAAACCAGCCCGCCAGCAAUCUGCGCUCCUGGCCACCCAGCUCUUGGCAGCCAGGCUACCCGAGGCUCCCCGCCGAGCCAGAGGGCGACAGUGACCUAGGACCUCCUUAG